AUGGAUGCUGCUACCCUUAACCGAGGCAUCUCAGAAAUCUAUCAUGAAACAGCCAAUCCACCACAAGCUCUGUCGAAUUUCUUCGAGCAGAUCAUGGUUACUCAAUCAGAUUUUCUUGCGACUGACUACUUGCAUCCGUCCGCUGGUCUUACCGCAUGGCUACCUGAAACUGACUGGCUAGGAGAAGUGGACCUCUUUGGGGCUGAUUUCAUGCCAGCCAUAGACGAGACAUUCAACUCGCCAUCAUUGAAUACCGGUCGCGUUGGCACGACAACUACACCAGGUGGCACUGUUGUCAAUGAUGCUCGAGCGACCAACAGUGGCGACGCAGUGCGUCGACGACAUGCUGUAUUCAAGCAGUCACCAUGGUUUUGGGUACCAGAGCGCAACCAGAACGCUUUCAGUGAGCAAGAAGGUAUCACACUCGACGAGAGGCAAGUGGAUCUUGCUCUCUCCCCCCAUCAACCUCACGCAUCUAACGUCGUCAUUCCUGGUCGAUUGUCACAACAAAGUCGUGAUCAAAUACUCCAGCUUGUUCUCAAGACUGCUCCUAGUCAAGUAACAAUAUCAUCUUUCCCAUCGGCAGACUGUCUUGACAAGCUUAUCAAAGUUGGUAUAGCCAAACGAACUGAAGGAGACGCUUGGAUACAUCCCUACACGUUCCACUCCGAUACUGCUAGACCAGAAUUCCUGACAGCACUGGUCGUAGCAGGUUGCAUAUGCUUCGGCAUACCGUCAGUAAAUAAGACUGGACUUGUUCUUCAAGAGAUUGUCCGAGUUUCUCUCAGGGAGCUUGCCGAGCGAGAUAACGGAGUCAUGCGUGAAUUACAGUACCUGCAAGCUUGCAUGCUCUGGUUGGACAUAGGCGCAUUCUGCGGCUUUCGGCGUAAGAUGGAAUUAGCUGAAAGCUCCUUGCAGGUACUUGUCACGUCAUUACGCCGUGCAGGCAGGUUUGACGAUGUUCGAUAUUCUAACAUCGUACUGACGUCAGAAGAUGACGCAGAAGAGCUGAGCAGAAAGUGGUAUCAAUGGGUUGAGCUCGAAUCUUUUAAAAGAUUGGUUUAUCAUCUUUUCGAACACGACAUAUAUAUGACGAUGGUAAACCACCGACAGCCAUUGCUUUCCUAUGCGGAGCUUACACUUCCACUACCCGCUUCAGAAUCAUUGUGGCUUGCACCAUCCGCUGAAAUUUGGAAGGCGCGUAUGAUGAAUAUGCAACUUGCUAGCUCACGUCCCUCUAUGCGAUCGAUUCUCCAGGAACCAGGGUCCGUGUCUUGUCUACACGCUGGUUUCGACACGCAUAUUGCGCACUCAGCGUAUAUCCAUGGACUAGCAUCGCAAGUGUGGGAGCACUGCCAACAAGCAGUACUUCUCCAUGACAUGAGUGACGCUUCUUCUCAACUAUGGUCCCGAUCUCGCCAACAAAAGUUACAAGAAUGUUUACGAGACACCAACAUCGUUCUCGAUAGCUCAACCGCCUUGACAUGUGUUUUCCAGCAAUUCUUGCAGAUGUAUCUAUUUGCGGACUUGGACACUAUUACUCGGUUCGCUGGGCGAUGUGGUGAGGAAGCCGCACAUCGCGCAUAUAUCGCGCUGCAACCGUGGUGUAAAUCUCGGGAAGCUCGCACAGCAAUCGCACAUGCAGGCCAAGUUCUACAAGCUGCGCGCGCGAUCCCUCCAUAUCAGAAUCGAGGCCAGGACUCAUUCAUAAUAUACCACUCGAUUAUGGUCCUGUGGACGUAUAGCAUGAUAACAAGCGAUUGCGCCCGCAAGACAGGGUUCAAUACUCCUACCCAAGUUGAAGUAGCAGCGAUACCCGAUGGGCCAACGCUCGUGUUUCUAGAUGAUGCGCGCUGUUCUAACCAGUCUGCUUUGAAUGCCUUUAUCAUGAUGAACACUGGGAUACCUUGUCUCCGAAUAUCAGACGGUGAUGCUGGUGCGCAGUCCGAAGUUCAAGACACUGCCAAGUCAGACACAUGCGAUCUCAGAUAUCCGUGGCAGGUUAUGAAAGCAGGUGUGGCGCUUCUUGAUGCAACGCAUCCUGAUGUAGAUAGGGAAACUGGGCCGCCGCUGAUUCGGGCUCUUUGUGGAUUGAUGGAAGAGCUAGGUGGAUUGCAAUCAUAG